GCUACAUCUGUCCCCAAUUUUUCCUAUAUCGGGGCACGACUAUGCAAUUAUCUCUCUCAUCACCUCACAAUUAAUCCACAAAAUGACAACUUUAGAAAAUUACUCCUUUCCAGGUGUCAAAAAGAAUUUGAAAAUAGAGAUGGAGCUGCCAAAGGGGAUGAUGCUGUAAGGAAAAGAUUUCAUGCAUUUGUGCUGUUUUUGGCUGAACUUUAUCUAAAUCUAGAGGUAAAAGGAAGUAAAGGACUAGUAACUCGAGCUGACAUUCUUCAAACUGGACUUCAUGAGCUAUUAAAUACCCUUUUUUCAAAUCCCCUGGACAGCAAUUUAAUUUGUGCAGUAAAACUAUUGAAGUUGACAGGAUCUGUCCUUGAAGAUGCAUGGAAAGAAAAAGGAAGUACUUAUAUGGAUAAUAUAAUACAGAAAAUUGAAAAUGUUGUCUUAGAUGCAAAUUGCAGCAGAGAUGUAAAGCAAAUGCUAUUAAAAUUAGUAGAACUGCGGUCAAGUAAUUGGGGAAGGGUACAUAUUGCUUCAACAUACAGGGAAGCAACUCCAGAAAACGAUCCUAACUACUUCAUGAAUGAACCAACAUUUUACACAUCAGAGGGUGUGCCUUUCACUGCAGCAGAUCCAGAUUACCAAGAGAAAUAUCAAGAACUUCUUGAAAGGCAAGAUUUGUUUCAAGGAUAUGAAGAAAAUGGAACAGGAGCUGGAGACCAAUACUAUGAUGAUGAUGAUGACGAUGACGAAAAAGAUGAUGAGAUGGAUCCAGAAAUUGAAGAAGCGUUUGAAAAAUUUUGCUUAGAAUCUGAACGCAAGAGGAAACAAUAAGUUUUACAUAAAGUUUGUUUUUUGAAAAAAAUAAAACAGCAUAGAAUGGACAAUAAGGAAACAAAUGGAAAAUCCUGCAAUCCAUAUCAAAGGAAAUUAAGUUUUUCCAAGUAUGCAAUUUCCCUCUUGUUAAACAGAAUCUGCCAAAAAGAAGCAAUUGUAAAGUGAAAUUCUUUAUCUUGAAUAAUAUGUAAAUAUUAUAGUUUAUUUUAUGUACAGUUAAAUAAGCAGUGUUUUUGCUGUAACAAAUUUAUUUGGCGCGUCGCAUUAAUCUAAAAGUUCAAGUUAGAUUAAAUUUGUAUUAAAAAUUCACACUUUUCUGAAGUAAAAUCCUUUCAAUAGUAAUGCAUUUUGACUUGCUUUUGGAAUGGAUUUGUACAUUCUUUCCUUUGGAUAGCUUGUAGCAUUCACCCCACAUUUUUAGGCUCAUGAAGUUGCCAAAUUAUUUACUUAAUAUUUUACAAAUCAUUAAAAUUGUAACCAGCCAAGGACAAUUUGGAGCUGGGCACAAAAAUUGAAUUUUCAAACAGUUACAUUGUCAAUUAAUGUUUCAGUUCAUCAAAUCUGUCUUCAACAUUACUGUGUUUUAGAUGUCAUAUUGGUCAUCUUCUGAAGUAUGGUUUUAGAUGAUCAGAAAUGUGUCAUGUUUAUUCCUUUACCCACUUUCAUAUUAAUACUUCCUGCUUUAGCCAUUGUUUAUUGUCAGACAAAACAAUGAUUAAUGCUAAUCAGGAUUACUUUAAAAUGUUGGUUUAAAAAUCUGGUUCAUCAGGUAAAGGAGAAGAUUGCAAAGUCUCCCAAAAUGGUUUAGGAUGCUUUCUAAAUCCUGAUCCACAGAUAGCAGCCUAUAAAUUCUGACCUUUGCUCAUGUUUGCAGAGAAUAAUUAAUUUUUUACACCAGCAACAUUGGGCCCUAAGUUGAGGACUUGCUGUUUUAGAGGUUUCAAAAUAGAAUAUGUCUGAAUUCAGCCAUUUCUGUUGAUUUUCACUUUGAAAUUUUAAAGAAGCUAUUUUUUUAGUUCGAAGUUCAUAAUUUGUGUCUUUGAAAUGCAUACUAAAAAGAAAGCACUCGUGUCUCUUUUUAGUUUCCAUCACAUUUAACAAGUAAAUUGUUUACAAAGAAAUUUGUCUACUGAUUAUGUCUUCCCUUUAAAUCAUCUGGGUUUUUUUCUCUCUAAAAUUGUGUCCAGAAUACUUUUAACAUUUUAUUCACUAUUUUAUAUUACCUAGAAUCUUAUUUCCUAACACCAAAUGUGUUGAACUUCCUGAGCAGUAGGUUAAAUAACUUAUAUAAAGACAUAAGUUGUAAAUAUGUAUGUAAAUAGUGCUGUUUAAUAUUGCACUGUUAUAACUUGGUACAAUUUGUGUCUGUUAAAUGAGUUAGUAUAAAAUUACAUCUUCUGGUUGUUUAGCAUUUAGUUAACACCAUAUUUUGCAAAAAAUAAAAAUAAACUGUUGUUGUUGGA